GUGGUGGAAAUUUUGGUGACGAUAGCAGGAGUGGUUCGGGACGUUCAGAGUAGUAGAGGUGUUGCUGCUGCACUAGGCUUUGUCUUGCGGUGGCUUCAGACGGAACAAACGGAUUCAGCUGGCAUCUACAGAAACCUGCGCCAGACCACGGAAGAGGAUUGCAGAAAGAAGAGUGGAUGGAUAGGAAAGUGUACGACACAGAGACGUGCAUGCAGAGAAGCACUCUCGCCAGGAGCAUGUCUAGUUUGCUAUCGCCAUGGGCUGCUGCGAUAACCCUGUUUCAGCCAUUGUCUGCUGCUCCUGCUGACGCGUCGUGCGCAGAGGACCGAAAAGGGUCGGAACGGGUCGAAAAGGCACUUCCGGAAGCGAUAGCAAGUCUCCAAAAGGGGGAAGGGAGGGGCAAACCAGACGCGCUCUGCCAGAGCGCGUGUCUGCCAGAGCAAAAUACGGGCAAUUACAAACAUGCCGGCUGAAUACUGUGCUUACGUCAGCGAAAGCCUUUUGUUUGCUCUCCGAGGCGGCUCAUCUUGUGCAAAGCUUC